UGCAGGAAAAACCGACUGAUUCUACUUUUUCCCCCUACAAUUUAUUGAUGUAAGGAAAAACAAGCAAAAGCUACAGUGAUUCUUUGUUUUUUCUACGUUAUUGCAUGGCAAGGAAACUACUGAGUUUCCCUUAACUUCCUCCUGAACCGCGGAGUCGGAAGCUACGAACCUGAAGCUAACUUCAGCGUCCAGCCUGCGGGCAGGCUGCUGUUAGCCUCGUUAGCUUCACUGUUUCUAAGUCAAACUAACGACGGAGAUCCAUAUCCACGACUGGAGGAUAAUAAUGCUGUUCUGCAAAUAGUCGGUAACGUCCUCUGUGGAAGUUAACAGCUCGACACACCGACAGAACAAAGCUCCGUCCCACCAUGGAUCCGACCUGCAGCGCCUCCGUGGCUCCGGCAGGUUUGACCGUCCAGGUGUGUUUCCCCGGCGCUCGAGCUGCGGUUCUGGACAACCUGAACCGGCAGCGGGAGGAGGGACGGCUGUGCGACCUGUCCAUCCAGGUGCAGGGCCAGGUGUUCAGGGCCCACCGCUGUGUGCUCGCUGCCUCCUCACCUUACUUCCACGACCAGGUUCUGCUGAAGAACGUCACCACCGUGUCUCUGCCCUCGGUCAUGGACCCGGUAGCCUUUGAGAGCGUCCUGAGUUCUGCCUACACCGGCCAGCUGAGCAUCGUGCACGACGACAUCGUCAACUACGUCACCGUGGCCAGUUUCCUCCAGAUGUGGCACAUCGUGGAUAAGUGCACCGAGAUCCUGAAGAGGCCUCGGUCCUCUGCUGAUGUGGCCUCUGCAGAAGCUGCUGCUGCUCAUCCUGGAUCUGCGUCUCGACAGCAGUCUCCCAGCAGCACCGAGUGUUUGUACGGAGAGAGGGAGGGAAGGAGGCGGGAGAAGAAGCCCGACGCUCUGCCUCCUUUAGCCACAUGGAGACGCCCCCAGCAGUUCCCCAGAUGGGGGCGCCCUCGGCCCUCGUCGGCCCAGCAGUCGGCCGACUCCCAGCUGGACGCUCUGCCCGGAUACGCGGACAACGACUACUCCAGCUGUGACGAGGCCUGGGUGUCCAGCCACGCCAGAACCAGCCACUUCCCUCAGGAAGGACCCAGCCACGGCGUCCGCUUUCCUGGAGGAGACGCCCUGAAGCAGAAGGUGAGGUUUCAGCAGCGAGGAGCGUCACAGAGCAGCGACCGGCCGAACGAUCGCACCAGAGACGAAGACAACGAAGAGCCGCCGGACCGCAGGAAGAACCAGAGGAGAGAGAUAGAAGCCGAUGAAGGAGUGGGAGAGGAAGCUGUGGAGAAGAAGGAGGGAUUCACUGCAGUGGGUCACUGUGCAGACUUCCACUCUGUUCCAGAUGAGCAGCAGGAACCCGGACACUCGAAGCAGAGCGUGGACGUGAUGAAGGAGAAGCUGCUGGGAGCUGAUCCCUCCUCUGAUCUGUCCUCUGUUCACGGCUGUCAGACGGCUGAAGGCGUCGCCGGUCCGUCCUGUCUGGUCUCGGCCCGGCUGCCGUGGCCGUCGGGUUCCUGGACUCAGCCGGAGUCGAGGCCGGCGGACGGAGAAGGAGGCAGUAAAGACGAGGAGGAGGAGGAGGAGGAGGAGGACGUGGACUUUGAAUGUUUCACCGAGGCUCCGUACAGCAGAGACACGUACGAUGAGAUCGAGGACGGCACCGGGCAGGUCUCCCAGAGGCCUCUGGUUCCGGUGUCGCCUGACUUCAUGACCGGCUCUGAGGUGAGCUGGACGUCCACCAGCGGGGGGCAGACCGGCUCCGGGACCCCGUCCUCCAGCCGCCAUCUGUCCCCGUCUUCUGCCGCCUUCCCUCCGGCGCCGUCGCCUCCCACCCCGUCCUCGUCGUCCUCGGUGUCGCUCGCCGGCGCCCCCUACACCGGGAAGGUCCACUUCUGCCACUGCGGCAAAGCCUACACCCUGAAGAGCAUGAGGGACCGCCACGUGAAGAUGCAGCACCUCAACCUGAGGCCCUUCGGCUGUCCGGUCUGCACCAAGUCCUUCAAGAUGAAACACCACCUGACCAAGCACCUGAAGACCCACGGGGGGCUGCGGCCGUACGAGUGCAGCCUCUGUGGGAAGAAGGUGAUCUGGAGGGACAGUUUCCUGCGACACCAGGCCCGCUGCGAGCGCCUGGCCUCCAGCUCCUCCAGCAGCAACACGACCACCACAGCAGCAGCAGAUGUGGAGGAGAGCUUCAGCUACACGCUGGACGAAGGGGAGGCCUUCCUCCCAGCUGGAGGUCAGGUCAAAGUGGAGGAGGUGGACUUCCAGAGGGAGAUGGAGGACGGGAUGGGCCGGCUGCUGAACAGCGUCUCUGGGAUGGUGGACGAGCUGCGGACUCAGAACCUGGAGGCUGGAGGUCACGUCUUCAAACAGGAAGUCAGCGAGAGCUUCAGCGGGAACUGAACCUUCACGGGCCAGUUCCUCUGAGAAGGUUCUCUACAAUGAAUAGUUUGAUAGAGGAACGCUUUCAGAGGUGAAAACAUUUCAGCUUUGAGGCUGUUUGACAACAUCUCAGAAACUAUGAAAGAUCAAAACCUGAAAUUUCCACUCAGUCUAUCAAGAUGUCGUUAAAAGUUCCAUGUUUGAGCUCAUAUUAACAAAAAACAGAUGAUCAGAAGCCAGCUAGUGGCACUGACUGAACCACAUGUAGCUGCAGCUUCAUACCAAACUAAAUAUAGAAUAAUGUGAAAUAUUUGGUCACAAAAAUGGAGCAAAAGAGUUGUUUUUGUUGAACUUUCAUAACUGAUUGAGCAGCUUUGACAGGUUGUAGCACAAAAAGGAGCCUCAUUCAUUCAUUCAUUCAUUCAUUCAUUCGUUCAUUCAUUCAUUCGUUCAUUCAAACCUUUAUUUAGUCUGGAGGUUCAUUGAGGUUUCCCUCAUUUCUAAUGCCGUCCGUGAUUACAGACACAAAUAAAAACAAGCACCAAAUAAUCACUGGUAAAUAAAAUAAGAUUGAAAUAAAUAAAUAUAAAAUCAAAUCAGGUAAAACAUUCAAGUCCAGCUACAGAAUUCUGGAGUGUCAAAAUAAACAUAUAUACAUUUUUAAACAUAUCUGAGUCUAUGUUUUGUUUUUGGACCCCACUUUGGAGGCUGGAGAAACAUAUGUACUCUACUAUUAAAAAUGUGGGGACAUCCAGGCUCUUUCAUGUACAAAACUGGAAAAACUUUCAAAAUGAUUACUAUUAUGGGCUGUAUUUAAGCACUAGAGCGUUCUAUUAUUAAUUUGUCAUGAGAAAAGUUAAAGUCUGUUAAAGCAGAGGUGAUGUAUGUGUGAGAAAACUGCCUCUUUAUCAAAAAGGAAGACUGAUUUGUGAUGUGGACGUUAUUUACAGUUUCAUUGGUUUCCCCUUUUUUCUUUCUACAGUUAACAUGCACAUUAAUACUCUACUAAAAAAACAAUCCUCUUUGCUGUGGUUUUACUGUUUGCAAAUUCAUAAAACAGGAAAAAUCUAUAAAAUACCAGAAAAUUGUUCAGAAAACAGCUGUAACUGUACAAAAGGCAACAUAAAGCUAAAAUUCAGAACAAAAUUCUCACUUUUAAUUAUAAAUGACUUACAAAUUGUUCCUUUUUUCCUGUGAUUUUACUAGUUAGACCUGUUAUUUUACAAAACAGCAAAAAUGUGCCAUCUGUGCUGUAUUAUGCCAUGUUCAUAUAUAUAGUUUUACAUUUAGACUCAGAAUUAUUGUCAUGAUGAGAAAUAACUGAAAAUUUCAGGUUUUUAUCUUCAAUCGUUCCUCAGAUGUUGUUACUCAAACAGCCUCAGAUGUUAAAACGUAAAAAGAGUUAUUUUACUUUAAUAAAAACUUCACAGAUAUCAUUUUAAAUAUCUGUAUUUUCUGGUAAAAACGUGAAGUAAUUCAGAGCUGGUCAAGCAGAAAGAACUGAUGACUCUUAAUGUGAAGCAGCUUCUCAGCACUUUGUACAGAAACCCUCUGGAGACGCCUGAACGUUUAGAGAAAAACCAUCGCUUUAGUUGAAUCUUCUUCAGAAAAGGUGCCAUGAGAUCGUCCAGAGUCUCUGGACGAUCUCAUGGCAUCGUCUGGAACGAUCGUACGUUUCGUUUCAGCCAUUUAAACGUUUCAUUUGUGUUCAGUGCAGCUGUGAAGCGUAGCAGCGUGUUGUGAAUGUGCUCAUCCACGGUCGCUCAUUUGCAUUUUGCACAUAAAUUAUUUUGUUGCCAUCGACCUGCGUUAGAAAAGAAAAAUGUUUUUGUGCCAUAUUGAUGUUUCUGCACAUUAAAGAAAGCUUGGUUAUUAAAAAUAAA